UUCUCCGGCGUGUUUUCGUCCUCGGGGAGGUUCUUCUGGUCGUCGGCAGGAAUCAUGUUGAAUAUAGACUGCGUGGGGGAAAUCUGGAACAUAAUUUGCCAUUUGUAAUGGAUAAUAUCUCCGGAAAAGAUUUGUAGAAGGGGAGGAGCGAGGACGUGGGCUGGGCUGAGCAGCGAGCACCGAAAGAGUUCAAAUGAAGACUGCCGUGGGCUUCUCUCGUUUCUGUGGCAGUAGAGAGAACCAAUCCUCAAACCGAGGCGGUGGCGCAUCAUCAGAGCCGGCGGAGGCACGCGCUGAAUUCUCACCCAAGGAGCCACGACCAGAUUAUGAAGAUUUGACACAUCUGCUGGGAGGCGAAACACGGCAGCUACAAAUCAAAAGCCGGGGAUUAGUUGCCUUUUCAUUUCGUCUCCUCGGCCCUGGCCUCGACCAUGAGGCUAGGGCGCGGCCGGCGGGCAUCUCUGGCGCUCACCCUCAACUUCGUGGCGUUCGCCUUCGCCUUGUCCGCCGUGACCACCAGCUACUGGUGCGAGGGCACCCGGAAGGUGCCCAAGCCCUUCUGCACCGGGCCGGCGGUGAAGGCGAAGCAGUGGUUCUGCAUCCGCUUCAACAGCUCCAACAUCAACGACAGCCGGCUGGUGCAGUACAUCUUUGAGAGCGGGGAGGAGAAGUUCCUCCUGAGGAAGUUCCACACGGGGAUAUUCUUCUCCUGCGAGCAGGCCGCCGACAUGAACGGAUUUGACUGUCGAGAUUUCUUCGACAUCGCACCAGAACACGAAAGAGGGGUUUUGUGGUUGUGCAUCGUGGCCGAGAGUCUGUACCUCGCCCUGCUCUUCACAGGGGGGGCCCUGAUGAUGCUGGAGCAGUGUCCCUGCUUCAGCGUCAUGAACAAGCUGAAAAUCAGUGCCUUCGCCGCCGUGUGCACCGCCCUCUCAGGCCUUUGUGGGAUGGUGGCCCACAUGAUGUUCACCACCAUAUUCCAGCUGGCCGUCGCUAUGGGACCAGAAGACUGGAGACCCAAGACCUGGGACUACAGCUGGUCUUACGCCUUGGCGUGGAGCUCUUUCGGCACCUGUAUGGGCUCGGCGGUGACGGCGCUCAACAGGUACACCAAGACUAUCGUGGAGUUCAAGUACAAGCGGCGGAACAUCGCCAAGAGCCUGCUGAUCAAGCAGAAGAUGAUGGAGAAGGACCUCCCCGACCAGAUGUGGGACAUGUACCUCACCGCCGUCCCCGUGGACGUCGAGGCCCGGCCGGAGCUGCCGGUGAACGGCCACAAGCCCUCGACGGGGGACCCCUACCUGGUGGAGAUGGCGGAACCACAUGGAAGGGGGGUGUACUGCUGAAGGAGGAUUUCCUCUAAUGCUGGGGAGACGUAUUCCUUCGUUUGGACGUGUUUCAUCGAAUCUUUCCGUGGUCAUGUGACUUUCGGGAGGAGGAAGCGCGCCGCAAUUUCCACGCUUCCACGUCUUCACGCUAGUCUGAGGAAAGCUGCAGGUCCUUCAGGCGUCGUGUCGGGGUUUUUUCCCCUUCAGAGGCCUUUUUCUGAACUCAAGUCGCAUGAAGAUGUUGCUCCACACAGACGAACGAUGACCGUCUGCAGGAACGUUACUUUACUUUGAAAGGACGACGGCAUAAAGACCCAAACGGGACUAAAGGACUGUUGAUGGAGAGUUAAUCCAACGACUCCAUUUAGACACACGAGAUGAACACAGAGACAAAGAGUGACCACACGGAGACUCGAGAUGAACCAACAGACCAACGACUCUCCACCUCUGCGUCCUGUCUCUGUGUCCCUCCCUCAUGAUGGACGGGGUCUGAGGCGUUUUUUCUACCGUCUCAUAAUCCGGUCCCCAUGAAACCAAACUACAUCUGAGGAGGGGAUUAAAAGAACAUCUCCUCCGAGUCGAGCUCGCUCCGAGGAGCGCUUUGCUUUCUAAAUCACUUCCUGUGAAACACUUUUCUACAAACACGGACUCGACCGAAGACGAGUGGAGGGACGCCGUGGAGCGAGACGCAGUGGACAUCUGGACUGAACUGCGAGGUCUUGAGAGCCACUAGAAGGGCGACCGUGUUUACGGCAUCGCUGCAUCAUAUCGUUUAGUCGUUGUGACAAAAAGACGUGACAAAUACUUUAUAACUGAGGGAACAAAACUCAAAUAAAACCUUGAUUGUUUAGUGAC